GCCAGAUUGAUGCCAGAUUUGUAAGCAUCAACCAGCUAAGUGACCCUGGGCAUCAUUUCAUAAUAUCCUGUUGCAUCUUCAGCUAUUUCAGAUCCACUAGCAAGUACCUAUCACAAGACAAAGAUGUUUCUGUUUCUCCUCUGCUUAGCAAACAGUUUAGCAUGUAUUACUGGAUGGCUAUUGAUCAUUGUAGUCACUAUCAAAGUGUUGGUAGGGCCCACUCGCUUCCAAGAGAUAAGAAAUUGGUUGUAUGCAAAUCUUGUGGAAUUUGUGAUGAAAGAUAGAUUGAAAGGGGCACUGAACUCUACCAAAGCAGACCUGUUCUCAUCAAUGGCAUCCUUGAAAUCUUUUGAUAAUGAGCUCUCAAAGAAAAAUGCUUUAGUUAUUUUAGAGAUUGGCGUCGGCACGGGCACAAACCUGGGGUAUUACCCGGCCGGCUCCCGGCUGCACUGCGUCGACCCCAACCAGGCGUUCGAGGUCUACUUUCGGCGCGAGUGUCUGCAGAAGGCCGCCCACCUGGACCCGGACAUUCGGUUCGUGGCCGAGCGCGGCGAGUCGAUGCCGUCGGUGGCCGACAGCUCGGUGGACGUGGUGGUGACCACCAAGGUGCUCUGUAGCGUCACACACCUGGAUCAGAUGUUCCGGGAGAUUCGACGUGUCCUGGUGCCCGGCGGCAAGUUUUAUUUCCUGGAGCACGUGGCGCACCCGUCGGGUACGUGGCGCCGCUGCGUACAGAACGCGCUCUCCAACUCUGGGAUCUGGCCGGCCGUGUUUGAUGGAUGCAUGAUCAACCUGGAAUUCAGAGAGCUGCUGUCGUGUAGCGGGUUCAGCAGCGUCGACUACCACUCGGUGUUGGUGAUGGGGAAGGGCGUGGUGCCCGUCUCCACGCCUCUCCAAGGACUCGGCAUCGUCAACCCAUUCGCCUUCGGGGUGGCCACCAAGUGAGGAUGGCCAAUGCGUGUGGAGAGGGCGCUGUCGAGUGGAAAGGGAAAUAUCCUUUAUCGUGAACGGGGCGUAAUGACAGGCUGGGAUAAGCCGUUUUGUUUAGCUGGGUGAAGGCAUGUGUUGCACCAAUGUUGCACUUUUUAUGAGUGUGUCCUUGCUGGUGAUUGUUGUAAUUGCACUGUUUUAUCAGUGCCGUUGUUGUACGGUCAUUAUUUUGCGUUCCUGUUUACGUUCAAACUAGAACCUCGGUAUGAUGGCUGAAAUGAAUUUUGAAACGUGUUAAGCAAAAGGUUUUAGUGUAAUGCCUAAGGCCGUUUGAAUCGAGAUAGGUGUUCAAGGUUCGUAGCAGAGAUAUCGGUUAUUUGCUUCAGUGUAUUCGAAGUGGGCUGCGCUUGAAAAGAACGAUCACCCCAGACUCCAGAGUCGUUAGUGUCGGCAAUGUUGGUGUUGUAUCUCACUUAUUUCUGUUUUUAUUUUGGCGAACCGUUGCCGAAGAGGAAUUUGCGAAUGUUUCGUAUGUGAAUGUGAUAAAGGUACAGGUCUCGCGGGUUUUAGCGGUAGGUUUUGCUCCCAUGAAAUUGAGUAAAUUUCCGGCUAUGCUUUCUUCGUCUUAAGCUUUCAAGGGCUGAAGAUGCGAUCGAUUUAUUUGUACGCAUGCCUGCCAUGAUCCUCUAAAAUGGCUUCAUCGUACAUCGAUUAGUUUCGGAGAUAUAGCCGGAAAUGUGAAAUGGCAAAUCCCGCGAGAGCCUUGCUAUAUGAGUGAACGUUGGAUAAGCAGCGCUUAUGCUAGGUGAUGUUAUACUUCUUGUUGUUGUGCCUUGUGGUGUUGUUACAUGUGUAAAGCGAGUCGACCGCUCAGGUAUGUAGCAAUAGCGCUAUGUGCUGUAAGUUUGUGUGAUCGAUUUUUGGUGAUAAGAUUUACCUAUCAGCUUUGUUUAAUUGUGCUGUUUGGUUACCUACGUGUACAACAUUGGUGUUUUAUUUACGCUCAUAAAUCAAUGCUAUGAACUUUGCAAACAUGCAAAAUGUGUCAUCUCUUUCUGUGUGGCCUUAUUUUCGCAGAGCUGCGUGAAAUCAUAUCUGCUCAUCGUCCGACAGAUUAUUACUGUUUUAGACCAUAAAGUGCCGUCGAACACUUGGGCAUUGCUUAUUCGAUAUUUUGAUUUAAUCUUGUCUUUUCGUUGAACGAUAUUUUCGUUCACUCUAGCGGGCCAAAUAUAAACUGCAAAUCAUG